AUGUCAAACUACGAUGAUAUUGAUGAGAGGAGAGAUAUACCGACACACAGAAUGCGGUCAUUGUCUCUACCACAAGUAUUGUCCUGUCAUCUGAAUGAUGAAGCUCCUCAUAUCACCAACAUUGUGGGAUAUAAUUCACAGUACACAGAGUUGUCUGCCCUUGGUAGGAUGAUGGGUUUCAGUGGUAAGCCCUAUCUUACUUGUAAUACAUACAGAUUGACAGAUGAAGAUGGCAUUAAGGAGGAGGAGGAGGAAGAGGAGGAGAAAGAGGAGAAGAAGGAGGUAGAAGAAGAAGGGGACAAGUUUGAUGAUAAAGUCUCUUCUAUCAGAUAUGACAAGACUAUUGAGGCAUAUGAUAUACCGGACGUCAUCAGUCAGGAAGACAGCAGUAGUACUGAACCAGAACUGUACUGCUUUGAAGACUUUGUGUCUGGUAUUCAUGAAGUACCACUCCCCACAGUGUUCACUGUGUCUGCGAAAGACAGAACUGGAUUAUCACGAUCAGAUAGCCUCUUUACACCAAUUGUUACGGGAAAAGCAGCCGGUAGAGAGUUACAAAGGUCCAAGACUCUGCCGAUCAUUAGAAGUCCUGUGACAACUUCAACAGAGAAUAAAGAAUCGGCUACCACAGCACAGUUUCUAACACAACAAACCAACGACAAAAAUGCUUGGCUGCAGACCCCUAGUCCUGACAGCUCAGAGUACUCAGGGUCAUGUGACAGUGAAAGCGGAAGAAUCCUGGUCCGCAGCAAGUCUCAAAAGAUCCGACCCAGAAGCCUUAGCCGUGAACGACGACGAAUCUUCCACAAAAAUCAGAACCAAGGUGAUGGGUCGGCCUGGAAUUUUGAUGACGACACAGACUCGACUGCGUCUUCGGAAACAAUGACCAGCGGUGCCUCAGAGGAUGGUCACCAGCGUCCAUCUAGCCAGUUGUUCUACACAACACCUCCAAAGGCUAACAUGGUGCGGAAUCAGGAAGAGAAAAGACUGGAGAGCUCGGGUGGACUUUACAAGAUUGGACGACGUCUGAGUCAGAAGGAUAAAGGCAAGGAUAAUCUGUGGCAGCAGAGACAAAGAUCUGUCAGUUUGGACUGUGGAGAUGGAAGGAAAAUCAAGAUUUUUAUGAGUGAGAAUGAGAAUACAGGAGUAGCCGAUGUGCCAGCACUCUUGCCUUCGUCCCCAGGAUUACCUGCUCACAUGAUGAACUUCGGGGCAAUGAGCACGCCAAACAGGCCGAAAACACUCACAGUUGCGACACCGAAGAAAAGGGGGUCUACAAGUAGUGAGGCUGAUGUCAUUACCCCAAACCGACUUUACGAUAAGAGGAAAACAGACAGAGAAAGGAAGGGUUCUCCUGAGAGUCAAGCCCUUUUUGAGGCAGUGGAACAACAGAACAUAGACCUAGCCAAAACUGUACUUGAAGCUGGUGGAUUACACAUCAAUAGUACAAAUAGUGAGGGGUUAACUCCCCUUGAUGUGGCGGUAAUGACCAAUAACAUCCCCAUGGCAAAGAUGUUGUUGCUACACGGCGCUCGGGAAAGUCCACUCUUCCAGAAGAAUGUUGACAGUCGGUCAGACAGACUGGAUGCACUGGUAUCAGAGGCAGAGAAGAGGGUUGUUGACUUGUCGGCCAUUAUUCUCAACACCUCGACAAACAAUGGAUAUAUAUCUAACACACAACAGAAGGAGAAUGAACGACAGCUAAAUCACUGGGAAUUCCGACACAAGCUUCUGAAGAGAAUGAAGGCAGGAUAUGACCAUGCCCGUGUGCCUGACCCCCCUAGUUGUGUGAGCCUCUCUGUGGCGAGUAGCUCCUCCCUACAGGUCCGAUUUGAUGAGCCUCUAAAUCACAAUGGCGCAGUCGUCACCAAGUAUAAAGUGGAGUGGAGUUGCUUUGAAGAUUUUGUACCCCUGGCUGGGGACAAGAUUGUUGAAGACAUGCGUCACCUAGAGUACGAGGUUCCUGGCCUGGUGAAAGGCAAUAAGUACUACAUCCGAGUUUCGGCUUGGAACAUGAAAGGAUACAGCUCGUACACCCCUGCACAGCCGACCUAUGCAGUGCCAUCUUCUUGGAGAGAUGUUGAAGGAUCAAUGGCUCCUAGAACUAAUGGCAAAUUGGAGCAUUUAGCGGGAAUCUUUUCGAAUGUAAAACAACUUCGCCCUGCAGAUGCUUCAGAGCUAAAAGAAAAUGCCGGCAGUGAUUCUCCUCAACAGCGCAAGAGAAAGAGUAUAAAAAAUUUGUUUACCUCAGCACCAAAAUUCCAGAAGGCAUUUAAAAGGGGAGUGUACAUGGCUUGCCUUCUGUACAAUGGAGACAAGGUAUUUGUAACAUCAGAUGAUCAGCUACCCGUGGUGGAGGUGGACGAGAACUUUGCUGGACCUGCUGUUUAUAAUGACCUCCACUGGUUGAUGAAGAUUUCGUGUAACUGGGACGACGUGAAAUCAUUUCGUCAGGACAUGGAUAAGAACACCAGUGCAGGCACCAUGCAUUUUCGUAACAAACUCCUACAGGCAAUAUCAGUAUUACAGAGUGCUCUUGGAGUGAAUGACCUUGGUCAGUUCUACCACAAACCUUUGAAGGACAACAAUGGUAGCAUUAUCCUGACUACUGUAAACGACAUCAAGGAAAUGAAGUCAGUGUGUCUCGGCUCUGGAAAAUGGGUCAACUUCGCUAAGCUGCUUAGACGUACUUCCACACCCAAUUCCGGAGGAUCAAGCACCGAAUCCACGGACUCGAUGGAUAUUCUAGUCAACUCUUUGUCUGAGAUGGUCGCCUACCAUCAAACGAGUACAGUACCACUAAAUAAAGGCCUUUACUUGGGAUACCUCAAAGUCCAAGUGUCUGUUGAACUCAUUCAGCUCCUUGUUCCCAGUAAGGCCCCCAACAAUCUCCCGAACAUCCGACUCCGUAGCUGUCCCAACAUAUCCAAAGAGGAAUGGGAGUGGUUACAGGAUGUCAGCACUGGCAGAUCAACAGCUUCCCCUAGUACCACACAACGUCGCUUCCAGAAAGAGUUGAUGGAGGGUGCUGAUAAACUGUUUGACAUGCUAGAUAUUCCAGAAAACCUUGCAAAAAUUCAUCGAAUUUAUGAUCUAGAAGUGGUGGAGGUGAGCAGUAAUGUGACUUUCCUACUGCUGCUGCCCCCGAUAGAAAAUGUAUGCAUCGUCCCAGGACAGGCUGACGAUCUCACCUCAAAGCGAGACUUCAUGCUUCUUCCUGUCAAAGUUUUUGAAACAAUCCACCUGAACACAUACCAGUCUCAGCUCUUAAGUAAAUACUCACGCCUCUCCUCUCUACUUGAGAUGGAUCUUGCCCUGGCACAGCAAGCCCAAAGAGAGGCAUUUUCGUCUGGUGAAUUAAGUUCUGCAAAGUUGAGAGUAGACAAACUAAACACAUUACAGCAACAUUUAGACUUUGCCUGGAAAAGUACACGAUGGGUGAUGGACAUCAUCACAUACGCUCGUGAUAAAUCUGUGCAUGGAGGGACAUCAGUCAGUCUCAUAACUGCCACAGACAAGGAAGUAGACACACCAAAUUAUCACGGAAAAUCAAAUGGCAAAAUUCUGGAUAAUAAUAAUUCCCAACCAAGUUGUGGAUCGAGUGCAUGUGAUUCGAAUGAAAUUAGUGUUGGAAAAGACAAUAGAAAGAUUGCAAAAUUUUACGAUCCCACAGAGGAUGUUCAACAAACAAAUGGACAUAUUCAAAAGGAGAAAGAAUCUACACCUGUGGAGGUUAAAUCUCCCAUGUCAAACCUGUCAGGAUCACCAACAGGUAGUUCUGGAAUCCUGGAAGUGUAUGCAGCCUACGAAACGGGACUAUCAAAGGGUACGAGAGUGAGGCUGCAUGUUACUUCAAAAACAACGGCAAGAGAAGUUGUCCAUCUUGUUGUGAAACAUCUCAACAAGGCCCUGGUAAUGAAAGGGAAAUCAGGGCCAACCUAUUCCGAAGAACAAAUUGUAGACUUCUGUCUGGUGGCUGUGAUUGGUGCAAGGGAGAGAAUUCUCCGUGAUGACUAUCAGCCACUACGGCUGCAAAAUCCAUGGACAAAGGGAAGAUUAUUUGUGCGAUCAAAAAAUAAUCUUUUAGCAGCGAUUCAGCAAGGCCAUGCUACGGAGGUGUGA